AAUAGUGCGGUCGCAGUGACAGCUGGACGAGUUGACACGCAGCGUAACCUCACUUUUAGUUGUCAAUACUUUUCGCAAAAUAUGUGAAUUUACAAUCAUUAGAGACCGAAAACAUGAUUAUAUUACGUGCAGUACUAUUUAUUUUUUGUUUAAAAUCAGCGGCCGCGUGGGAUUCGGAACAACUGGAAGUGUUUGAUGUUGUCGACGAGGUUAAAGAAAAUUUCUAUACUCUCCUAAAUGUCUCACAGACUGCUACAAACCAGGAAAUUAAGUCCGCUUUUAGGGCACUGUCCCUCAAAUUGCACCCUGAUAAGAACCCCCACGUUGACACGUCAGUGCAAUUCCGAAACUUGGUCGCAGUUUACGAAGUACUUAGAAGCAGUACCAAGCGACAAUACUACGAUGAAGUCCUUGUUAAUGGACUUCCAAACUGGAGAUCUGCUGUUUACUACUACCGAUAUGUGCGCAAAAUGGGCAUGGUGGAAGUUUGCAUUAUUUUAUUUGUUAUUGUUACCAUUGGGCAGUAUUUAGUUAACUGGGCUUCUUACUUUGAGAGAAAGUAUACAAUUGAACAAAAUAAAAAAGUUAAACGCGGAAAAAAGUCCGACAAAACUCAAGAACCAGCUGUGAUUUUAGAAAAACCCUCAAUAACUGACACGUUGCCUGUGCAGAUACCUCGUCUACUUUGGUUCAUUAUUAUUUCCUUGCCUAAAGCUCUGGGUUUGAUCAAAACUGCAGUAGUUCAACAAAUUGAAGAAGUCAGGAAACCGCCGCCUCCAGAAGAACCAGAGGAGGCGCCAGUUCGAAUUAAAACCGUGCGCAAGCGCAACAAAGGCUUCGUCUUGCCUGACAAACCCAAUUUUGAAACAACAUUCCACAAUUCUACCACCGAAUCAAAUGCUUCAUCUCCGCCUCCUGUUAGUUCAGGCGGAUUGUGGACUGAUGAUGAUUUGGCAGAAUUGGUUAAACUAGUGAAAAAAUAUCCAGGUGGGACUUCGGGAAGGUGGGAGACUAUAGCAGAAAUAAUGGGGAGGUCGGUCCCUGAAGUCACCUAUAUGGCAAACAAGAUGAAAGAAAAUUGUUAUAAAUUAUCGAAUGAGCAGGAGGAGGAACCAAUUCAAGUGAAAGUGAAGCAAAAAACGAAGAAAGAAGUCGAUGGGGGCGAUGAUGUGAAGAAGUGGAGCCAAAGCCAGCAAAAGGCGCUGGAGGAAGCGCUGGCUAAGUACCCAAAGGGCUGUGCAGAGAGGUGGGACAAAAUUGCCGAUUGUGUCCCUAAUAAGACUAAGGAGGAAUGCAUGAUGAGGUUCAGGUAUCUCGCAGAAACGGUUAAAAAACAGAAAGAAUCAACGGAGCAGCAACCUCCUGAUUAAAAAGCUGUGUAACGAAAUGAAGUAAAUGAUAAUAAAAACAUUAUUGCAUUUAUACAACAGAUAAUCUAAUCUAUCAUUUACAAUCAAACACUGAUGUCCUAAAGAUGGAUGUUCUAAAACUUGUUGCACAUUCCAAAUGAGAUAAAAUGAGAGAACACCCAUCUAACUAACAAGUUG